AUGGCGUGUCGAAACGUGAUGUCCUUCAACAUCCUCAUCGGCGGCCUCAUCCACAACGGGGACAUCAACGCUGCCCGCAAGCUGUUCGAUGAAAUGCCAGAGAGGAACCUCGCUACCUGGAAUGCCAUGAUUGCCGGGCUAGCUCACUUCGAGCUCGACAAGGAGGGACUCGAGUGCUUCCUGAAGUCGAGGAGGGAGGGCCUGCGUCCCGAUGAGUUUGGUUUGGGGAGCACCUUGCGAUGCUGCGCCAGAUUGAAGGAUGCAGGUUCUGGUCGCCGAAUCCAUGCCUUCGUGGUUAUCAAUGGGUUUGAGCAGGACAUGUGUGUUGGGAGCUCUCUAGCUCACAUGUACAUGAGAAGUGGUCAUCUUGAAGAAGGAGAAAGGGUUCUGAGAGGAUUGCCUUUCCUCAAUGUGGUCUCUUGCCAUACUGUGAUUGCAGGAAGAGCACAAAAUGGGGACCCUGAAGGGGCCUUCCACCAUUUCAUCCUCAUGAAGAAUGUCGGAUUGUUGUCAGACCAUGUGCUGGUCUUAGUGCUGCAGCAGGGCCUAUUGGUAGAGUCUUGGAAGCAGAUCCAAGAGCUGGAGAUAAAGGGUCAGGCAUGUGUUACACUUACAGUUGUAGCAAAGGUACAAAUUGCUAGUGAACAUUGA